AUGGCAGAACCAACCUGGACACUCCGGUUCAAAAACCACAACGUUACAGUGCUACUCCUCAUAUCUCCCGUGGAACCAUUCGACUCCAUCAAGACCUCUCUUUUAGAGGCAUUAAAUAGCCGUGGGAUAAAAGAAAUAAAUGGCAAAGUUGUACCAGAUGACGCUGCAGAUAUCGAGUUCGGCGUCCCGCUUGACCGGAACAACCUAGAGAAGGGUUGGCAACCACUAGCAAUACGCAGUGAGGGAGCCGGCAAGGCAGCGGGGAAGGGGAAGAGCACCGUUUUCAACUCCAGCCCUCAAGGAGCUGAUCUUAGAGAUUCUCAGGCCGUAGCGUUCAGGUUCCGAAAACCGUCAGAGAGGGAUGCGUCCAAGGAUGGAGAUCUCGAUAUGGACCUGGAUGAACCAGGUUGGGACGUCCUGGUUCCCACAUACGAUGACGAGGAUGACGAGGAGCAGUGA